UUUUAGGAUGUUAUGUGAAAUCUGAUCGCUUACUUGGAACAUUGAGAAUACAAUGUUACGAGUAACCACUAGUUACCACAAGUAACCACUAGCUGUUACUGGCUACUUACUGAAAGAUGCGGAUACCGAUUUCCCAGGCUCAAGAAAGGACAGCGUUCAGCAUCAUCGACGGAGCUCGAUUUUCAUUAGAACAGGUUCAGUACCUGUCCUCUAUAGAUGAAAACAGACCUCUUGGUAUUGAAACGGACGAAGUACAAAAGUUUCUCUUUUACUGGGAUCAAGUGUUUCUUUAUGGGCUGAAGAGUGCUAAAAAUGGCUACUGGAACUUUGUCUCUGCCUUCUCUCACCCCUCCCUAGUUAACGAGGUAAAGAACACUCCUGGAGCAGUAAAUGAUUUGCUAAGAAGUAGACUCUGGUUGGGAACUAUUCUUAACGAGAACGAACUGGAGAACUAUCUUACUCUUGUUCAGUUUGAGCAUAAACUACUCGCUAAGUACUAUCGUCCUCACGCUAUCCUGAGGAACAGGAGUCAGCUGGAGGACCUCAUAUCAAUAUCCUGUGGACAGGAAAACACCCUCUUCGCUAUUCAUCUCGACUACAUAUGUUUCAGAGCGCAGCAGCUGUUUGUAGGGCCGGGUGACAGGACAUAUUUUGAUAAAAUGUUUGACAUAAAGUUUAACUGGGACGAAAGCGUCCGGACCCGGAGUUCCAGCUCAGUCAGUGUGGCUAGCAACUUCUUCUCCAGAACCCCAAGUUACAGCCGUCCCUCCUACAAUUCUUUUAGCGGCUCCACUCCUGUUGGAGACCUGGCUCUCAACCCUGAGAACAUGUUAGGAUCCGACAUUCCUCUCUCUAGAGACUUGACUAGUAUCAGUGAUCAGGGCGAGUUUAUUCAGUUCUCUCCUACCGCACAAUUAGCCGCAUCCGCAUCUGCUUCUCCUAUUCCAGAGAGAAGAUCCCUAACCCCUACACCUAUAUUGGAGAGCAGUGACAUAACAACAGUGAGUGAAAUCAUUGCCAGGACUGAGAUUCCAGCGGUGACUGAGACUCCAGCGGUGACUGAGACUUCGGCAGUAACUUAUACUGUAUCGGGGAGUGAUGCUGCAACUGAGAGUCCAGCAGAGACUGAGAUUUCAACUGAGGUGGAAGAAGUUUCGUCCUCUUUCUAUCAGUUAUCCGACAUUCCUGAGUCCAAUGACCCAUAUAUAGUUGAAUCUUCUUCUGUUUCCACUAGCGUCAACCCACCAGACAACCUUGUUUCCUCUUCAGCUACUGUAGAGCAGGUCAGUUUGGAAUCUACACCGUCUACCAGCGAAAUAUUUACCUCCCAGACCCCUGUACCUACAUUAGAAGAGGUAUUACAGAAUAUCCCUAUCAGAAUAUCAAUCUCUGAUCAUAGUUCUGCUAACUCAGAAUGUUCUACAUCAGAAGAUAAGCCACCACCCACUGAUUAUACAACAGCACUUGUUCGAGGUGACCAGUUAGCCUUGUCUCCGGGAAACCUACUGGCUCUGGAUACGUUAAUCCAACAAUCUGCUCCAGACCCUGAGGAAAUCCAGUCAGCUGAAUCCUAUGAGGUAUCAGACUCGGAAAAAGAGCUCCAACAAGCAGCAGAGUCUGAGAGAGAAAUGCAUGCCCAACAAGUUGCAGACUUUUUAGUUGAAGAGGUGAUGUUGGAGACAGGUGGAGGGUCCCCGACUCAGAGAGGCGCUCUGGACACUGAGGAUCUAUACUCCGAUCCAGAAUCUGAGGACAUGUUCCUCCCUCCCGAUGAUACUGAGGAGAUGUUCCUCCCUGCUGAUACUGAGGACCAUACUGUGCAGCACUCUACUCCGGGAAGUGAUCCUUACAUGCUUGAUUCAGGUGCUGGUAGCCCUACUCUGCUUAUCACGGAUUUGAUACCCACACCAUCAGCUCAAGUCUCCGCUAGCUCUUGGUACGAUAACGACCCAGUGGUUAAUCAACAUGAAGAAAACAUUCCGGUAGAAAAUGAUAGCUUGUCUGAAGAGAACUUACCCGAAGAAAUCCCGCCUGAAGAUAGUUUGCCUAAGGAAAAUGAUGGCUCAGGUGUGGAAGCAGAUACCAUGGCUAAUAGAGUAGAAGAGAGGGAGGAGACACUACAAGUCAGUGAAGACUUUAAUCCUUUCAGUGAGAGUAAUGAAGACGGAGCUGCUGAUGAAAAUAUAACCAAUGUUGAUGCUGCUGAAGAACCACAACGGUCCUCAUCGGUUAGUAUGACCAAGGAAAAAGAGGUCCAUAUUGAAGUUCCUGACUUGAGUUACGGGACAAUGGACAGGGAGCUUGGAGUUGUGAUAGCUUCACAAAACCAGAAAAUAUCCUGGGCUGUUGAACUGUUCGGGGAUAACGAGGACCUCUGUUUCAUCUACCGGGUAUGGUUGAAAGACAGCGCGGGGAAUCUCGAGCUCAGCUAUUUCCUCCUAACAACAAAGAUGAUCUACUUGCUGGAUCCUUUAUACCUGGUUAAACAGAGGUUGAGACUAGACAGAGUUCAGUACGGUAGAGGCAUUAACUGGCAAGUAAUCACCUUGUUCGCCUUGCAAGAAGACGGAACAACUGACCAGAUAGAUGUUAUUACAGGGUGUGAGGCUAUUAGUCGGGGAGUGAUGGAGGGGAUAUCAGUUAACCCUUCUUAUCCGGUUAACUGGGCGGUUGAAGACAGUUACAGUCAGAUGAGGUUAAAGUACCAUGUCAACGCUUUUCUUCAGGAGAGAGGAGCGUUCUCUAUGAGAGCAAUGGAUGAUCUGUAUUAUGGUUCUGUAUCCUACCUCUCCCUCACUGCUCCGCCCGCUUCAGCUCUACAUUGUCCUAUAUCUGAGGGACUGAUGUGGUUGAAAGAGCCCACUCUUCUUUCCUACGUGUGGAACCAAUACUACUUUUUCUUAGAUAAACAGGGUACACUCUCCCAACUGGAUGCUGAAUGUACUGGGACCAUAAAGAAAGAAUACACUGUCAUUGGGUCCGGGGCAUGUCGCAAAAUGACGAGAAAGGAAACCACCAAACAAUGUGCUUUUAAAUUUAUCUCAGAAGAAGGGACGGAAGUGUUGUUGAACUGUGAGAACGCGCUAGAGCGAGACCGGUGGAUGACAGCUAUCAGUAAGGCAGCCAUGGAGAUUCCUCAGAGCACUAACGAAACAGGGUACGGUAUGCAAUGUAGUGCUAUUAUCAGCAGUAGUUAUCUGGUGCUAGUCAGAGAGGGGGUCAAGUCUGCACAUACUUUAGAUUCUGCACUGAUACAGGACAUCACCGAGAUAAGAUGGGAUAGUGACCAUGAGAUGUGUGUUGUAACCAUUGAUAAGAGACAGUGGUUAAUUCUCUUCAGAGAUAACUACGAGAAGACAAAGCUAAUGGAGUGUGUGUGGGAGAGAUGGCAGGAGAUAUUCAGGUGUCAUGAUCUACAACUUCUGUUUUCUAAGGUUAACUUUUCUGAGCUGGGGGGUCCGCUGGAUAUUCUCGGGCGGUAUAGGAAUCAUUUGUUGGGAAUCAUUGAUGAGACCGAUAAAUUGGAGUUUGAAUGUGUGUGAAGUUAGAAAAUCAGUUACCAAUACCAUGGUAACUACACAUGUUACCAUCGCGUGGUAAGUACGAAUCACACACCAGUGUCCAGUAACCAUGGUUAUAGACUCUAGAAUUGUUAUCAGCUGUUUUUGUUAUGACUAUUUGUCCUGUUUUUGUUUGUUUUAUACAAAGGCUCGGUUAUUUAUUUUGAUAUUCAAUGGUUUAAAAUAUUUGUUAAAGACUGUCCUGGACGUUUAAUAAUCAAACAACCUUAAAGGUGGGGAGGUAAUGACUCUCUCAGUCUCGACCCUCUCUAAUUGUGAUGAUGUACAUAGGGUGGAAUUUGUGUGGUUAUUGCUAACUGCUGAAUUUUUUACAGUUUUCAUUGAAUAUCAGAUGUGAGAAAAAAAUUGUUAAUUGAAAGAGAUUUACCAAAAUAAUAUCAGAUGUACAUACUUGCUCUGGAAUAGUAUGAUUUUUGACUCUGUAUGAUAAUUUUAAAUGUUUAAUGUUUAUAGACGAUUGCUAACUGAUUAUGAUUUAUGUGAUACAAGAGUUUAAUUUCUGUUCCCGUGUUAUUUUUAUCUUAUCACUGCUAUCACUUCAAUUUAUAAACACUUGAUUCAAGCCGAAAUAAGUCUUAUUCACCUAGAUUUAAGUCUUAUCGGUAUGUUUCAAAUCCCAUUAAAAUAAGGCCAUUUAAUUGUGAUCGAAACUAAAUUUAGUCCAAAAUGGUUCAAAUGGUGCUGUGCUAUACAGUAAACAAGAAUCACAUACUAAAUUAAUUGAAGGAUGGGUACUGUUAAAUCAGAACCCAAGUACAAGAAGGGAGACAAAGUGUUGUGUUACGAACCAGACCCAAUUAAACAACCAAUUAUCUACAACUCUGUGAUACUGGAAGUGGAACACGAAGAUAUUACUGAGUUCCUUGGAAAGAAGGAUCUUAAAAAUAAGGCUGGUAACAACAAAAAAAGACCCGCAGGAGUGCAACCUAUUUACCUGGUACAUUUCCAGAAUUGGGGUUCCCAGUAUGAUAGAUGGGUGACAGAGGAUUUGGUACUGGCAGAUACCCCCUCAAACCUUGCAAUUAAAGACGAACUGGAGAAACAGAUUGUCGGAGCAAAAAAUGCUUGUAGAAAACGUGGAAUUAGAGGAAAACCUCUAGAUAAAUGUACUGAUCUUAGUGAAAAUCCAGAAUCGAAAUUCAAGAUGGAUCUCAACUUACCAUUGACCAUAAAACAGGCUUUAGAAAGAGACUUUGUAAAUGUGACUCUGAGAAACCUGCUGGUGAAUGUGCCGCGCACUCCCAAUGUAGAGACGAUUCUGGCUAAAUUUGUAGAGGAUGUAUUGGUUACCAACCCACUGGAGGACAGGGGGUCUUUAGAGGAGUUUACACAGGGGAUAAUCACUUGUUUUGACUUCACUCUACCGUUACUGCUGCUCUACAAGGAGGAACGAAGUCAGUUAGAAAGAGAGGGGUUUGUGCAGUCUGGUUCCAGAAUAAAGAGGCAGCAACUAGCGGGGCAAGUGAGCGGAGAUUGGGUUUUAUACCCCGGCUAUUCCAGUUGGGGUAGUAAGACUGAUGAUCAGGACCCUGUCCCCGGACCUUUACAACCCUCUAAACUAUACGGAGCUGAACAUUUACUCAGACUGUUUGUAAAGUUACCGGAAUUGUUGGACCACAUGGAGACGGAGUAUGUUAACAGUGUCGCUUAUUAUUGCCAGACUUUCUUAGACUUUGUAGCGAGGCAUCGAGCGGAGGUGUUUGUGGAGAUACAGCCUUAUAAAGAGGCUGAGUUAUGCGAUCUGGGAUGAGAUCUCAACUUUAUACUGAAAAUUUUGUUUUAUUUUAAUGAUUUUUUGGAGCCUCUUAAAUUUUAAAUUAUCAUUUUGUGCCCAUGACAUACCAUUAGUUAUGACAAUUAUAGCUUUAUCAUUGCCUUUUUUAACCAAUAAAGUUAUGAAUGGUAAGGUUUCCUUUUCCUGUCCAUAUAUAAAUACUGUACCUCAUGCUUCAAUAAGUGUGAGAGGGCACGAGGGGCAACCAUAGGUAUUUAGAAACUAUUUGUUGAUGAAUAAAAAAUCGAAAUAUUGAUUAUAUCAAAAUAUUGACUCAUUCUCUGUAAAAAAAUACUUCUGUAAACUUUUAAAAUGUCUA